AUGUACAAUCAAUCGGUGAUUGAUGGCUGCUUGUUGUUGAACCCGGUUAAAGCCGAUGGUGUUAUCCUGUUAUCCUUCCGCCACAGGCCAAAACCAACCGGCAAAAUAUGGGUCGUGCUGGUUGGUGUGACUGGUCGCUCGGAUCCGAGGGCGCAAUCGCGGAAUCUGAAUAAUAAAUUGGCGAGGUUCCAAACGGUCCUCAACACUGACAACUAUCCCUCGAGGCACUCUCACCUCAUACACCAGCACCCAGCGGGAUUCAACCAUUUUCCGUCCCAACGCGCAGCCGUGGACGCGAUGAGCUACUCUCUGCUACAGUCACCCCUCCGACAGCGCUUGCUUGUGCCGCGACGCGUGCAGCAGCAGUGGCGAGCAAACUCGUCAUCACAGCCCAAACCCUCUGUCAAGGCAGCAGAGUCUAGCACAAGCACCGUCGCCGCCGCCGAGACGGUUUCCAAAAGCGCCGCUCCCACACCGAUAUGGAUGCGCCUCGGCCCUCUCACCCGCUUCGCGAUGGCGUUUGGGCGGGCCCAGAGGAAGCGGCCCUACGUUGUCCAGACGCUGAGCGCCAUGGUCAUCUUCAUCGCCGCCGACGUCAGCGCGCAGAGCAUCAGCGGCUCCGACUACGACCCUGUCCGGACCACGCGGACCACGUUUAUCGGCGCUCUCUUUGCUAUCCCACAGUAUCGCUGGCUCAGGUUCCAUGUACUGGCCCGUUACUUCAACUACAAGUCCAUGGCGCUGUCCGUUGCCGCCAAGGUAGCUUUCAACCAAGUCACCUUUGCCGUUGCCUUUCCGACGUACUUUUUCAGCAUGCAGGCUCUGCUCUCCGGCGAAAGCCUGUCGGGUACCCUCCGCCGCCUGCAAGAUACUGUCCCGCGCAGCUGGCAAAGUUCGUGGAAGGUGUGGCCAGCUGCCAUGGCUUUCAACCUGACAUAUGUGCCUCUGGAGUACCGCGCCCUGUUCAGCGGCCUCAUUGCCAUCGGCUGGCAGACGUAUUUGAGCUGGAUAAACCGUCAGGCUGAGCUCAAGGAAAAGGCUGAAAAUCAAGCUGCCCAAGACAACCAAGUACAAGUGUUGCCUAUUCAGGCUGCUGUGGCGGCCUAG